CAUUUUGAUGUCAUAUUUGAGGGUCUGCUAUGCAACCCGAUUUAGGGUUUCCGAUUGCUCGUCGGCCUUGCGGCUCCGCGGCUGCCGUAUGAGUUCUUUUGCCUCCGCGUCCGCGGCCUCGCCCUCGAAUUCGGCUACAUCUCUUCGUCGAUCCAAGAGUGAUUCUCGGGGCAUCAACCUCACCUAUACUGAGACUUCUCGAAACCAUGCUUGGAUUGUGAUCUCUGGUGGGAAAAGCCGUAAACCAACAGGAAAUCUCAAUGGGAAUUGGGUACACUCUGUGGAGCUGGAUGUGAGAACCAGGUUUGAUAUCUACUCUGAGACCUCUUUAAUCCGAAUAAACUACUAACAGGAGCUGCACAAGAACUCAGAGCUGAUCAUACUAUGUAUAUUUCAUGGGAUCCAACUUCCAGCACUCUAAAGUCAUCGUCUAUAUCUCAUCACAACAAAGAGACAUUUAACAUGGAGAAGCAGUGAUGGGUCGGCUACAGGGAGCAGAACUGCUGCUUUGCCUGCUGAUGAUGGAUGGGUUUGAGAUGGUGCAGGCGCCAUGUGCGUGUCCUGAAGAUCCAGCUGCACGUAAGCCCUCUUCUGCUCAUGUGCUCCUCCUUGGAGAAAGAUUUGGAUUAUAGCUGCAAACUACUUUUUAUCAAUUGCAC